CGGCUUCUGCAUGUGGACACGCUCACAUUGGUGGAACCUCAACAUGACAAGGACCUCGAAUACGUUGUUGUGUCGCACACAUGGACCGACGAUGAGCUCACAUAUGCGGACUUUGCAGACAAUCGUCACAACGAGUCAUUUCUUGGUGAAGUAGCAGCAGGACUAGAAAACAAUGGCCGACUCAAGAUUCUGCGACUUUGUCAAUUCGUGCGCUUACGCAUUCCCAGUAUCAAGCAUUUAUGGAUCGACACUGUCUGCAUAAACAGGAAGGACAAUCAAGAGUUGCAGGAAAGUAUCCCUGCCAUGUAUCAUUGGUAUUUAUCAGCAUCCGUUUGCCUUGCCUAUAUGUCCGAUGUCGAGUUUGGUGCAGACGUCUUGAGCAACUCCGGCUAUCCUCUAUGGGAGCAACAAUUCCGAGGGAGCGUGUGGCACACGCGCGGCUGGACAUUGCAGGAGUUGCUCGCACCUAAGCUUGUCCUAUUUCUGGAUGCAUCACAGCAGGUCAUAGGCUACAAGGGCAUGGCAGACAGUGCCCGUGAUCUGAACCUCCCAUUGGAAUUGCGCGAUUGCCUACAUGGGAGAUUGGCCGAUGCAACGGGAAUACCUAUACAUUACUUCGAGGACCCGGUGCAUGUUGAACGAGCCAAUGGUGAGCUCAUCGGACAAUGGAUGAGCCAGAGGCGAACAGCCCUACCGGAGGAUAUGGCAUACUGUCUGCUUGGGCUUUAUGGACUGUCGAUGCCCAUCAAUUAUGGAGAGGGUAUAGAACGAGCGAAAGAACGACUGCGCGAG